CGGCGGUGCCGCGGGGGGGGGGCCAUGGCGGUGCCGCCGCCGCCGCCGCCGGGCCCCGAGCAGGCCCCGCGGUACCAGGAGUGGAUCCUGGACACCAUCGACUCGCUGCGUUCGCGCAAGGCGCGGCCGGACCUGGAGCGCAUCUGCCGCAUGGUGCGGCGGCGGCACGGCCCCGAACCCGAGCGCACCCGUGCCGAGCUGGAGAAGCUGAUCCAGCAGCGCGCCGUGCUCCGCGUCUCCUACAAGGGCAGCAUCUCGUACCGCAACGCCGCCCGCGUGCAGCCGCCGCGCCGCCCGCCGCCGCCUGCCCGCCGCCCGCCGCCCGUCAGCCUCCGCGACACCGCGCGGCUGCUCGGCGGCGACGGCCGCCUCACCCGCGGCCGCCUCCAGGGCUCGGCCGCGCCCGGCGGCGGUGGGGGGGCGGCCGGGGCGGCCCCCGGGGCGGGCGGCGGCGGCGGAGCGGGCGGUGGGGCCCGGCCCGAGCGCACCCGGCUGGGCGCCAUCGCCACGGCCCGCGGGGAGCGCGGGAGAGCGGCCGCGGGGAGGGCGCGGAAGCCCCCCUGCAGCAGCAGCGAGGCCUCAGCACGGGAGGAGGAGGAGGAGGAGGAGGAUGAGGAUGAGGAAGACGAGGACGGGACAGGCUCGGAGGCCUCAGAGGACGCGGGGCCCCCCCGGCAGCUGAACGGGGAGGGCCGGGGGGGGCCCCCCCUGCGCCCCCCGGGGCAGCCGCCCCCCGAGCGGCCCCCCCAGCCCAAGGCCUGCGCCCCGGGGGAGGGGGGCUGCCAGCACAUGGCCCCCCUCAAAAAGGAGGGGGCCUUCGGGCAGCCCGACAGAGCAGUGUCCCCAGCGCUGGCGGGGGCUGAGCCCUCGGUGCCGCUGUCCCCGGGCCGGCCGGGCCCCCAGGCCGCCGAGGGAGCCCCGUUCAGCUGCACGGCCGGGCGCAAGGACAAGGCCGUGGACCCGGUGGAGUGGUCAGUGCGGGACGUGGUCGAGUACUUCACCGAGGCCGGCUUCCCCGAGCAGGCCGGGGCCUUCCAGGAGCAGGAGAUCGACGGCAAGUCGCUGCUGCUGAUGCAGAGGGCCGAUGUGCUCACAGGGCUCUCCAUCCGCCUGGGCCCCGCGCUCAAGAUCUACGAGUACCACGUGAAGCUGCUGCAGCGCAGCCACUUCCAGGACGAGGAGCCCCCCCCGGAGCCCUUCCCGGCCUGAGGGGCCCCCCUGGACCCGCGGGGACACCCCCAGACCCGCGGGGACACCCCGGUAUCCAGGAGGGCUCCUCCCUCCCCCGCUGCUGCACACAGAGACUUUGGGGGGUGGGUGGGGGUCAGGGGUGCCCCACCCAUUUUUGGGGGGCCCCACCUCUCUUUGGGGGGAUCCCAUCCCUAUUUAGGGGGGUCUUGCCUCUCUUUAGGGCCUCACCUCUAAUUUGGGGGGUCCUGCUCUCAUUUGAGGGGUCCCGCCUCGCUUUGAGGGGGUCUCAUCUCUAUUUUGGGGGGGUCCCAUCUCUCUUUGAGGGGUCUCUCUUUUGGGGGGGCACUGCUCUAGGGGACACCCCUCUUUGGAGGCACUGCCUCUCUUUUGUGGGGGGGGGGUCUCACCCUUUUUUUGGGGGCACUUCUCUUUGGGGGGGUCAUUUCUCCUUUGGGGGAUCCCACCCCUCAUUUGGGGGGCUUCUCCUUGGGGACCCCUCUUUUAGGGGGCACUUCUCUUGAGAGGGGUCUUCCCCUCUGUUUUGGGGCGUCCCCUCUCUGGGGUGCACUGGCGGUGGGGACACCCCGCUCCUUGUGGGGUCACUCCUCUUUUGGGGGCGGCCCUCUGGGGGCGGGGUCACCCCUCCUUGAGGGAGCCCCCUUUUUAGGGGAUCCCCCUUUUCUUGGGGGGGAUUUUUACCGCGGGGGGAGGGGGUUGGGGCGCUCUGCCCAGAGAUGUUUUAACCUUGCCUAGCCCGUGCCCCCCCCAAAUUGGGGUGCGGCCCCCCCAUCCCAUGGCCAUGGGGGGGGGAAGCCCCCCCAAACACCCCCCCCCGCAGUCUGUGCCCCCCCCCCUUCCCCGGGCCCGACUCCUUUUGGGUUUUUUUAAAGAAAAACGGAAAAAAUAAAUAAAAGAAAC